CGGAGACGGCGCCCCCCACCUUCCUCCAGAGGCUGCAGAGCUCCACAGUGAGGCAGGGCAGCCAGGUGAGGCUGAGCGUCAGGGUCUCAGGGAUCCCCUCACCUGUAGUGAAGUUCUACAGGGAGGGAGCCGAGAUCCAGAGCUCUGCUGACUUCAGGAUCCUGCAGGACGGAGACCUGUACAGUCUACUGAUCGCAGAGGCCUUCCCAGAGGAUUCUGGGACGUAUUCUGUGACUGCCACCAACAGCAGCGGACGGGCCACGUCCACCGCCGAGCUGCUGGUUCAAGGUGAAGAGGCUGUUCCAGCCAAGAAAACCAAGACAGUGRUUUCAACCGCUCAGAUUUCACAGACCAGACAGACCAGAGUGGAAAAGAGGAUGGAAGCCAGUUUUCAGGCCACCACUGCCAUGAUGGAGAUGCAGAUGGAAGGUGUGGAAAUGACUCGAGCUUUGGGUCACAAGACCCCUCCCAAAGUUCCACCUAAACCCUCAUCCAAGUCCCCCACCCAGCCCUCGCUGGUCUCCAGGGUGACCGGAGGACGCCAGCAGUCACCGUCACCUGUCAGACACGUGAAGGCGCCCACACCCACACCUGUCAGGCCGGUCAAGUCCCCCAUCACUACACGCAAGCAGCCUGACCCCACUGCUGAGGUCCCCCCACCAUGGAAGCAGGGAGGUGACAUCAGCAGAAGAGGGGAUCAGCUAAUUUCAGUGUCCAGAGAGGCGGAGGGAGGGAUGAGAGCUGGGGCAGUGGCCAAAGUGGUGGCUGCUGUUGACCUGGCUCGUACCCGUGGGCCGGUGCAUGUUGAGGGCGGUGGAGCUGAGAAGCAGGAAGUAGAGGCUGUAGAGGCGGAGUUUAAACAGCAGGCCUCUGACCAUCAGUCUCAAACUGGCUGGACUUCAUCGAGGAUGCAGGCGGGUCAAAUGCUCAGUUCUGCUCAGGAGUUCACAGCUGACCUGCAGCCUCAGAUUCAGAGUGCGACAGAAACUGGUCCCACCUUGUGUCCAGUUCCACAUUUCACAGUUUCUAAAGUUUCUGUUCCAAAACCAGAGUCUGGUGGGGAGGUUUCCAUUGCUGGUUCGGCCAUGGCCACYCUACAAAAGGAGUUCUCUUCAUCCUCUGCUAGAAAGAUCAUCAAGCCCGUCAAGUCCCCGAGUCCCGCUCAGAAAGUGUCCAAGACCAGAGAGACUCCAGAGCCUAUGGCUCCACCGUUCAAAGAACUCACUGAGAAAUAUCACUAUGAGUCCCAGAUACAGGCGGGGGCAGUGUACAUGGGGGGCCAGGACAGAAUACAUGAGGUCUGGGGAUUAAAGGUGGAGGAGGCAGUAGCCAUCCCUGUUGCAGGUGGUGCUGUGGUCCCACCCACCCUGGUCUCUGGCUUGAAGAAUACGAAUGUGACUGAGGGUGAGUCGGUAACCCUGGAGUGUCAGAUCAGUGGUCAGCCUGCUCCUGCCAUCAUGUGGUUCAGAGAGGACUACAAGAUCGAGAGCUCCAUUGAUUUCCAGAUCAGCUACCAGAGUGGAUAUGCCCGAUUAAUGAUCCGCGAGGCGUUUGCUGAAGACAGCGGCCGCUUCACCUGCACCGCCACCAAUGAGGCGGGAACCAUCAGCACCUCCUGCUACCUGCUUGUCCAGGUGUCUGAAGACAUCGAGGGCAGGCAGGAGAUGGCAGUCUCUGAACACGUAGAGGCUGCUCACAAACUAGUUCCUGAGGAACCCAAAGAAGAGAUCAUUGAGCCAGACAGUCCUGCUUCCGCUCCCUUCUUCAUAAAGGAGCCGAGCGUUCAGAAGCUGGUGGAGGGGGGAAGUGUUUUGUUUGAGUGUCAGGUCGGAGGAAACCCCAAACCUCACAUCAUCUGGAAGAAGAACGGUGUGCCGCUCACCACCGGAUACAGAUAUAAAGUGGCCUACAAGAAGGAGACUGGGGAGUGUAGGCUGGAGAUCUCCAUGACCUUCUCUGACGAUGCUGGAGAAUACUCCAUCUUUGCCAAGAAUCAGCUGGGAGAAAUCUCAGCCUCCACCAGCCUCAUGGAAGAAGAGGAAUAUGAAGUCUACAUAAAGAAACAAGAAGCAACCUUUAAGACUGAAGUGACAGCUCUGGUAGAGGAACCCAAAGUGGGAGACAUUCCCCCCAUCACAGUUACUGUGAAGGAGCAGAUGACCACAACCAUUAUUUCUGGACAGGAAUUCCAUUUGUCUGCCAUGGAGCAGAGGAUCAUUCAGGAGAUAGAGCUCAACAUUAUGAAGAUCACCUACAGAGAGMUUGUGACAGAGGAUGGAGAGUUGAUGGUGACUGCUACCUCCACUGAGGCAGUGCAGCCCGYCUUUGACACCCCUGUUAAAAAUUAUCGAAUUAUGGAGGGAAUGAGCGUCACUUUCCACUGCAAGAUGUCUGGAACGCCACUCCCAAAGAUUGCUUGGUUUAAAGACGGCCAACGCAUCAGACCAGGUGACCACUACCACAUGGAGGUGCUUCAGGAUGGAAGGGCCAGCCUUCGUUUGCCCACAGUUCGACCAGAGGAUGAAGGUGUGUACACCGCAUUCUCCACCAACAUGAAAGGAAACGCUGUGAGCUCAGGGAAGCUCUACGUGGAGUCGACUGGAGCUGCUCCUCAGAGAUACACGCCACAGCCUGCAGUGCAGAGGAUCAGGUCUACAUCUCCUCGUUCUCUGAGCCGCUCUCCAGGCCGGUCACCCAGCCGUUCACCUGGACGCUCUCCCGCCCGCCGCCUCGAUGAGACUGAUGAGGCUCAGCUGGAAAGACUUUACAAACCUGUGUUUAUCAUGAAACCUACCUCAUGUAAAUGCUCUGAGGGACAAACUGCCAGAUUUGACUUAAAAGUUGUAGGCAGACCGAUGCCGGAAACUUAUUGGUUUCACAAUGGACAACAAGUGGUUAGUGACCACAUGCAUAAGAUUGUUGUCAAAGAGGAUGGUACUCAGUCCCUGAUCAUUGUCCCAGCCAUGCCACAUGACUCUGGAGAGUGGACUGUGGUGGCCCAGAACAGAGCUGGACGCUCCUCCAUCUCUGUCACUUUGACUGUUGAUG